AUGCCUUGUGUUGUCAUGGAGACCGCUUUCACCUUCCUCUUCAUCGCGGGGCUCUGUGAAGGGACCACAGUCCUGCUCAGGGAGCAUUUUUAUGUGAGUGAUUUUAAGAAUUGGGAUGAUGCGUCGCAGAAGUGCAAAACACAGUUCACUGACCUUUCCCAUGUGCUGACCGAGGAUGACGUGGAACGGGUUAUGAACUCUGUUCCUGCUGGUGCUUCAGCUUCAGCAUGGAUUGGUCUGGUUCGACCCAAUGAUCAAAAUGGACUGUGGAAGUGCAGAUCUGUGAUUUGCCUGCAGUGUGUCCAUAUAACGCAGCACAGAGGACCACUUUGGAAGACAGACUCUCAGAAACGACCCAGCAGAGCAGGGAGACAGAGACACCGCACCAUGCCUUGUGUUGUCAUGGAGACCGCUUUCACCAUCAUCUUCAUCGCGGGGCUCUGUGAAGGGGCCACAGUCCUGCUCAGGGAGCACUUUUAUGUGACUGAACUUAAGAAUUGGUAUGAUGGGGCGCAGAGGUGCAAAACACAGUUCACUGACCUUUCCCAUGUGCUGACCGAGGAUGACGUGGAACGGGUUAAAAACUCUGUUCCUGAUGGUAUUUCAGCCUCAGCAUGGAUUGGUCUGAAUCGACCCAGUCUUCUCGAUAAACUGUGGAAGUGGUCAGGAGUCACACCAUCAGACUUCAAAAACUGGGACAGCGGUCAGCCAGAUUCUGACGACACACAUGGCUGUGCUUACGCGCAGGAAGGUCUCUGGCACAACAGAAAAUGUUCUGACAGCUUACACUUAUUUUGCUUUAAGGCAUAUAACAGAAUGUUGACUCUGGUGCAGGAGGCGAUGGCAUGGGAAAACGCUCUGGUUCACUGCAGGAGUAAGUACACCGACCUCUCCAGCCUGCUCACCCUGCACACUGCUCAGAAGGUCAUGAACGGUACAGAAAACACGACUGACUUCGUGUGGAUAGGCUGGCGUUUCCUGAUGGGCGGGUGGUUUUGGGUGGAUCGAGAGCCCAUUGCGUCCACAAUAAACUGGAAAUAUCCAGGGACUUCCGUGUGUCCGGAAGAGUCACGCCGCUGUGCAGCCCUGUCAGUCAAAGAGAAAGUUUUAGUAGCAAGGCCUUGUGACGAGGAGUUCAACUUCAUCUGUUACUCAAAUUUAUAG